AUGUCAACUUUAGAAGAUUUGAAUAAUGAGAGCCAACUUGCUGAAGAUGAUAUAGAUCAGGAGUUCUACAACUUAUCGGCAGCUGAUUUAACCACCCGUAGUAAGUUGUUAGACAAUGAAAUUAGAAUCUUCAGAUCUGAAUUGCAACGUUUAUCACACGAGAACAGCCAGAUGCUGGAGAAGAUCAAGGAUAACCAAGAGAAGAUCAAGAACAACAAACAAUUACCAUACCUCGUAGCCAAUGUUGUCGAAAUAAUGGACAUGGAUGAGUUACAGGAUUCAAACGAAAUUGAUACUCAAGGUGGCAAUGUCAAUUUGGAUAACGCUGCCAAAGGUAAGGCUGCUGUCAUCAAGACGUCGUCCAGACAAACAGUAUUUUUACCAAUGGUCGGACUAGUAGACCCUGUUAAGUUGAAACCAAAUGACUUAGUAGGUGUAAAUAAAGACUCAUAUUUGAUCUUGGAUACAUUGCCAUCAGAAUUCGACUCUCGUGUUAAGGCAAUGGAAGUCGACGAAAAACCAACCGAAACUUAUUCUGAUGUUGGAGGUUUAGACAAGCAGAUAGAAGAGUUGGUGGAAGCAAUUGUAUUACCAAUGAAGCAAGGUGAAAAAUUCAAAGAUAUGGGAAUUAAAGCUCCUAAAGGUGCGUUAAUGUAUGGACCCCCAGGUACUGGUAAGACGCUUCUUGCAAGAGCUUGUGCCGCUCAAACAAAUGCUACUUUCUUGAAACUUGCUGCUCCACAAUUAGUUCAGAUGUUCAUCGGUGAAGGUGCAAAACUUGUCCGUGAUGCUUUCGCAUUAGCUAAAGAAAAAGCUCCAACAAUUAUUUUCAUUGAUGAAUUGGAUGCUAUUGGUACGAAACGUUUCGACUCAGAGAAAUCCGGUGACAGAGAAGUCCAAAGAACAAUGUUAGAACUUCUAAACCAGUUAGACGGUUUUGGUUCUGAUGACCGCGUCAAAGUUCUAGCAGCUACUAAUCGUGUCGAUGUCUUAGAUCCAGCUUUGCUAAGAUCUGGUAGACUUGAUAGAAAAAUAGAAUUCCCACUCCCUACGGAAGACGCAAGAGCUCAAAUUCUUCAGAUUCACUCCAGAAAAAUGACCACAGAUGAUUCCAUCAAUUGGCAAGAGCUUGCUAGAUCUACUGACGAAUUUAAUGGUGCUCAGUUGAAGGCGGUUAGCGUUGAAGCCGGUAUGAUCGCACUAAGAAAUGGCCAAUCUCAAGUAAAGCAUGAAGAUUUUGUUGAAGCGAUCGGUGAAGUGCAGGCUAGAAAAUCAAAAUCUGUUUCAUUCUAUGCAUGA